GCGGCAUUACACUAAGUUAACUUUUAACUCACAAGGAAAUUUGUUUAAUAAAAAACCUAUUAACUUAAACUUAUUAUUAUCUCUUUUAAAGGGUUGUAAAACAAACGACAACAAAAAUCCCCCCCCCCCCUUGGUAAACUCUCCUCCCCCAGCGCGCGCGGGGCGGAUGCCGCGAGACAGUUUGCGGUGAGUUGUCUGUCUCUCCGUCUGUGAGCCUGCGCGGCUCGAUGAGCGACAGCAGGAGGAGGAAGACAGACAGACCGUCACCGUGGCUGCGAGUCGGCCUCGAGGGCACAGAGCUCCCGACGAGCGCCAAAGCGAACAAGUGGCGAGUUGGGGGGUGGGUGGGGGGGCUGUACGUGAAGCUGAAGGCGGUGGGGAUGGACGGCAAAGGCACCCUGAAGAUGUUCACCAAGAAGAGACGGGAUCUGAUCAAAACCCCAUCCAUCUCGAAGAAGAGCCGAGCAGGAAGCCCCGGGCCGCAGAGCGGCGCCUCCUCUCUCUCCAUUCUUCAGGAGCAGCCUCGAAAGGAUGGAGCCGACACCUGUCUCUCAUCCUCACCAUCCUCUUCCUCGACGCUUAACCUGAACGCCGUCGACUCCUCCUUGUCGUGCCCCGGGACCCCGAACCCUCAGCAUGCCAAGGUGGGGACAAUGCAAGGAGUGGGCUGCCCGUCCCCGGUGUCCACGCUGAAGAGGCCGACCGCGUUGAGCCGUCACGCCAGCGCUGCAGGUUUUCCUCUCCCAUCAUGGGUCCACACCAAAGGCCAGGGAAAGGGCACCUUGACCCCCUCUCCUCAGUCUGAGACCCCAGAGAGCACAGCCAUUGAAGUGGAGGACAUCCCGGCCUUGCUGAGAGAUGUGGCCCGCUUCGCAGAAGCUGUGGAGAAGCUGAAGGACGUGGUUCUGACUGAAGGUAAGGAAAGCCAGCGACCGGUGGCUCACGAGUGCUUGGGAGAAGUUUUGCGGAAUCUCCGUCAGGUCAUCAACACAUACCCUCUGCUCAACACUGUGGAGAUACUCACUGCUGCUGGGAAACUCAUAUCAAAGGUUAAAGGUUUCCACUAUGAGGCGUGUAACGAGGCAGAUAAGAUGGACUUUGAGAAAGCGAUUGAAACCAUUGCAGUGGCUUUUAGCAGCAACGUUUCAGAGCUGCUGAUGGGAGAGGUGGACAGCAGCACGCUGCUCUCUCUGCUGCCGACUGAGAAGAGCAGGUCAAUGGAGAAUUUAUAUGCAGCAGCAGGAGGCCAGGGAGGGGACGGUGGACACUUUAAGAAUGACCUGCAGGACCUGGGCAGAGUUGAGGAAGUGGAUGUGAUCCUUCAGCACAGUGAGGGAGGGGUGGAUUCAGCUCUUCUUUAUGCCAAAAGCACUGCCAAGUACAUGAAGGACUUGAUAAGCUACGUGGAAAAGAGAACUUCGUUGGAAAUGGAGUUUUCUAAAGGCCUCCAGAAGUUAUAUCAGUCCUGCAAGCACAGCAUAACCCAUCCCCACAUGCCGCUUUUCUCCAUCUACUCUCUGGCUCUGGAGCAGGACCAGGAGCAGAGCGUGGGGCUGCAGCAAGCCAGCAACACCCUGCAAAGCCAAACCUUUGUCCAGCCGCUGACGCAGCGCAAGCAGGAGCACGAGAAGAAGCGAAAGGAGAUCAAGGAGAAUUGGUUUCGAGCUAGGAGAAAGCUACUUGAAUGUGAGGCAAACUUGCGGAAAGCCAAGCAGGCCUACAUGGCUCGUUGUGAAGAGUACGAGAAAGCAAAAACGGCAACUUGCCGAGCUGAGGAGGAAGGAACAGGGUCUACUGCAAAGUCGGUGGAGAAGAAGAAGCGUCUGGAAGAAGAAGCUCGCAACAAGGCGGUCGAAGCAGAGGCCACCUAUCGCACUUGCAUAGCUGACGCCACCACCCAACAGCUGGAGCUGGAGCACACAAAGGUCACAGUGCUGAGACAGUUGCAGGACAUCAUCAAACAGAGCGAUCAGACCCUCCGCUCGGCAACCAUCUCGUAUUAUCAGCUCAUGCACAUGCAGACGGUAGCUCUACCAGUCCACUAUCAGACUCUGUGUGAGAGCAGUAAACUGUACGACCCGGGCCAGCAGUACGCCGCCCACGUGCGAGACCUGCAGCUGCCUGGUCAGCCCACUGUCCACUACGUCUUUGAGACAUACUCGCCAUCCAGCUCAGGAACAUCGCAUGGCCACAGACCCAGAAAUGACAGUUUCAACACAGACCCGCCCUCGGAGUGCCCCGUCAUCAGUGUGGAGGCCUCAUCUGGAAAUGCGGAGGCUCAACGCAAGAAACAGGGACACAAAUCAUGGGGUUCAACAAUCAGCAAUGACAGUGUUGGAGGAGACGGAGGCAUCGAUUUCCUCAAUGCCAGCACAAGCGAUAUUGAAAAAAUUGCUCGGACGUCAUCGACUGGGACGAUGUCUUCAGAUGAAGACGCAGACGAGAAAGACGGAAACGUCUCCUCAUUCGAAACAAACAUGAACGGGAUGGAUCCAGAUGUGGUCGUCUCUACCAGACCUUUCCGUAACAUUGGCCUGUCUAAAGCAGCCAAGACCCACAGACUGAGGAAGCUUCGGGCGCCUUCCAAGUGUCGCGAGUGCGACAGCUACGUUUACUUUCAAGGGGCGGAGUGUGAGGAGUGUUUCCUGGCGUGUCACAAGCGCUGUCUGGAGACUCUGGCCAUCCAGUGUGGCCACAAGAAGCUGCAGGGCCGCCUGCAGCUGUUUGGCAGGGACUUUGCUCAAGUCGCCGGCUGUGCCAGUGACUGCAUCCCCUUCAUCAUCACCAAGUGCAUCUCGGAGAUUGAGAGACGCGCGCUCAAGAUGAAGGGGAUUUACAGAGUGAAUGGGGUGAAGACUCGUGUGGAGAAGCUGUGCCAGGCCUUCGAGAAUGGGAAGGAGCUGGUGGAGCUGUCCCAGUGCUCGCCACAUGACAUCAGCAACGUCCUCAAGCUUUACCUCAGACAGCUGCCAGAACCCAUCAUGCCUUUCCGCCUGUACAACACCCUCAUGGGCAUGGCAAAGGAGAGCCUGCAUGGUGAGGGGGAGGAGUCUGAGCCAAGCGCCAUCAACCCGGCGGUGAGCAGAGGACCCGAGCUGAUUGACCUCGGCCCAGACACUGACCCGGAUGUCCUGGCGUUGGUGGACAGCCUUAAAGAGAUCCUAAAGGAGCUGCCCAAGGCUAAUUUUGCUACGCUGCGCUACAUCAUUCACCACCUGAGAAGAAUCGCAGAGUUGGAGGAAGAAAACAAGAUGAGUCCCAGUAACCUGGGCAUAGUGUUCGGGCCGUCCCUGAUACGACCCCGUCCAACGGGGGCAACAAUAUCGCUGUCUUCUCUGGUGGAUUACCCCCACCAGGCCCGCAUAGUGGAAGCCCUUAUAGUCUUUUACUCCUCCAUCUUUCAGUGCAAAAUAGCCCACUCCAACAAGCCGUCUGAACCUGAAUCCAGCUCCGCUCAGCAGGAAAAUAUCGAACGUGAAAAGAUGGAGAGCCCAUCUGCAGCAGAAGAGGACAGCAGCAGAGAGGAGCAGAAUAAGCCUGACUCUGACAAACUGGAGGGAUGCGGAAGCUCUUUGGGCUCCAGCGAGCAGCUCCCGGACUCUGACUCGGAGCUGGAUGACAGCGGCACCCGGGUCUUCUGUCUUACUAAGCAGGAGAGCAUAGUUAGCACGGACGACGACCAGCUGACUUUCUGGGACAAUGAGGAUCUGUCCGCCCAGUCCGCCAUCCAACCCUGCCUGGAUCAGGAUCCAUAUCAGGAAGAUCAGGACAACUCGGAGGAAGGAGACCCCCCCGCUCUGCCAGAGAGCGCCCCCCCAGAUGAGGAGGUGCCCAUAGAGCAGGAUCUGACAGCUUCCAUGGCUGAGCUUAAUGUGAACCAGUCUAAUAACAACCAGCCCCUGACCCCCACGCAGAGUCUGUCGGCGCUCACACGCCUGUGUGGAAAGAAACUGGCCCUGACCAGAAAGCGUAACAGUGAGCCAGAGUUUGUCUGAUGCUGUGACUGUUGAACGAGUCCGGUUGAUGAGAAUGAGAGGAUUGUGUGGUGUUUUAUACUUUAGAUGUACCAAAGCCCAACAGGGAGAGAAUGCUCUGACCCUCCAGAUCAGAUUCUGAGGUUUUCAUCUGUGUGGUUGUUUGCAGCUGCGUUGAGCUAACCUGGCAGUGAAACCUCUGCAAGUCUUAUACUCUUUGAUGCACUUGAUCCUUUCAUUUCAAAACUCUUACUUUAAUAAUGAUUAUUGAUGUACUUUGUCUUGAUCUUUUUGUUUUAAGGCCCUUUCUCAGUUGAGAAAAAGAGGCUCCAUCAGUCUUUGAGGAUGUUGUUUCUACCUUUUUCAUAAUUUUGAAAAUGAGUAAUUGUUUCUGAUACAUGUUGUUUCCUUCAUAUGGCUGUUUGAGCUAUUUUAAUAAAAGUCUCUUAUUUUGAAAA